UUUUAAGACGUCAACAAAAAGUGAAACGCCUUCGCCGGCUUUAUUAAGAUUAACCUUGUAUAUACUUUUGAUCUGCUAAAAUGAUUGAAACACUAUAUAAUCUGCCCUUUAACAUACUGGUGCCGCCAAACAUCAAAGUGCGUCGCUUUUCCAUUCCAAUGCCCUCGCCAAUGGCAGUGUUUGCCGUUGUUUUGCUCUCCUACUUUCUGGUCACAGGCGGCAUAAUCUAUGAUGUUAUUGUGGAGCCGCCUAGUGUGGGAGCUACGGUAGACGAGCACGGACAUUCCCGGCCAGUGGCCUUUAUGCCAUAUCGGGUAAAUGGCCAAUAUAUCAUGGAGGGCCUCGCCAGCAGCUUCCUGUUCACGGUUGGCGGCCUGGGAUUUAUUAUAAUGGAUCAGACUCACGCUCCAGGCAAAACGAAUCUCAAUCGGCUGCUCUUGACUGCCAUGGGAUUUAUAUUUAUAUUGGUUUCAUUCUUUACCACCUGGUUGUUUAUGCGCAUGAAGCUGCCCAGUUAUCUGCAGCCUUAAAAGGAUUAAUCCAUAUUUUAACAUAAGGUAGCAAGACGAUAAUCUCUCUAUUAGUAUUACAAUUUGUAUGGCUUAUUAAAAUUCCACAAAUGUCUAACAAAUUAA